UUUCAGCCUCGUGUUUUGCGUUCGCUCAACUGGCUGACAUUAACUUUCCACUAACAUCGGCACAAAUGAAGAAUGGCGUUCCACUGGCAGUCGAACGUAAACGUACAACAUGUCGGUGUCGAAGACAUGGUAUUGCUCAGCAAACUUACCGAACAAUCCAUUACCGAUAACCUCAAGAAACGAUUUCAUGGCAACAGCAUAUUCACUUACAUAGGACCGGUACUAAUCACUGUAAAUCCUUUCAAACAAAUGCCUUAUUUUACCGAAAAAGACAUGGAUCAAUAUCAAGGAGCUGCACAGUAUGAGAAUCCACCACAUAUCUAUGCCUUAGCCGAUAACAUGUACAGAAAUAUGCUAAUCGACAAUGAAUCACAAUGUGUGAUAAUUAGCGGUGAAAGUGGUGCUGGCAAAACUGUAGCUGCUAAAUAUAUCAUGACAUAUAUAUCUCGGAUAUCUGGCGGCGGUCCAAAAGUUCAGCACGUCAAAGACGUCAUUCUCCAAUCCAAUCCACUACUGGAAGCUUUUGGAAAUAGUGCAACUGUAAGAAAUUGGAACUCGUCCCGAUUUGGCAAAUAUGUGCAAAUUACCUUUGGUAGAGGUGGAGAGCCGAUCGGUGGAAAGGUUACAAACUUUUUGUUAGAGAAGUCACGAGUGGUCCAACAAAAUCGUGGUGAUAGAAAUUUUCAUAUUUUCUAUCAGCUUUGUGCUGGAGCUGGAAAGAAUGUCAAAUCAACACUCGGAAUUGGUGAUCUCGACUACUAUAAUUAUUUGAAUCAAAGCGGUGUCUACAAAGCUGCAGACACGGAUGAUGCUAAGGAGUUCCAAAACACACUUCAUGCCAUGACUGUCGUAGGAAUCAGCGAUGAAAUGCAGCUUGAAAUUUUGAAGCUAGUAUCAGCCAUUCUUCACAUUGGUAAUAUUACAUUCAUGGAAGAGAAGAACUACGCCGCCGUUGAUAAUCCUGACAUGCUACAGUACCCCGCAUUCUUGCUAGGACUCCAAGCCGAAGAUAUCCAGCACAAGUUGAUAGCUCGAAGAAUGGAAAGCCGAUGGGGCAAUAAAUCCGAGGUCAUCGACGUGACACUGAAUGUUGAGCAAGCCAACUAUACAAGGGAUGCAUGGGCAAAAGCCAUACAUUCUCGAUUGUUCGAUUAUCUGGUGUCAUCGGUGAACAGAGCCAUAGAAGUUUCCGAAAAGGUUGAUUCAAGCUUAACCAUUGGGAUUCUGGACAUUUAUGGUUUUGAGAUUUUCGAACAGAAUGGAUUUGAGCAAUUUUGUAUAAACUUUGUGAACGAGAAGUUGCAACAAAUCUUCAUUGAACUAACUCUCAAAGCUGAACAGGAGGAAUAUAUGCGAGAAAGGAUACAAUGGCAAGAAAUUGACUAUUUCAACAAUAAAAUUGUAUGCGAUCUGAUUGAAGCGAAACGUCCUCCAGGAAUUAUGUGCGUUCUUGAUGACGUUUGUGCCCAAAAUCAUGGCCAAUCCGAAGGUGUUGAUGCUCAACUGCUCAGUCACUUAAACAAAACUUUCUCACAACAUCCACAUUAUCAACCUGGAGCUGAGGGCUUUUUGGUCAAGCAUUAUGCUGGAGAUGUGGUCUAUAAUGUGGAAGGAUUUUGUGAUCGUAAUCGCGAUGUGCUUUAUCCAGAUCUGAUUUUGCUCAUGCAGCAGAGUUCCAACGCAUUCCUUCGAUCACUAUUCCCAGAUAAUGUACAUACGGGUGCAGGAAAGCGACCUACCACUGCUUCGACGAAAAUCAGGAAUCAAGCCAAUGAACUUGUUGAAUCUCUUAUGAAAUGUACACCUCACUAUGUUCGAUGUAUCAAGCCAAAUGAAACGAAGAAAGCCGGAGACUGGGAUGAUACAAGGGUCCGACAUCAAGUAGAAUACCUUGGAUUACGUGAGAACAUACGAGUAAGAAGAGCUGGAUAUGCUUAUCGACGACCUUUCGAGAAAUUUGUGUAUCGAUACGCAAUCCUCACACCCGAAACAUGGCCACAAUAUAGAGGAGAUCCAAGACAAGGAUGUCAGAUAAUCUGUCGAAGUGUAGAUUUGGAUCAGGAUCAAUAUCAAAUGGGUACAACCAAGAUUUUUAUCAAGAAUCCAGAAUCUUUGUUCCUAUUGGAAGAAGCUCGCGAGCGGAAAUACGACGGUUUUGCUCGAAGGAUUCAGAAAGCUUGGCGACAGCAUGUGGCUCGAAAACAACGAGUCAUGCAGAAGGAACAAGCAUGUGACCUACUCUUCGGAAAGAAAGAACGUCGUCGAUUCACCUUGAACAGAAAUUUCGUAGGCGAUUACAUCGGUUUGGAACAUCAUCCAGCUCUGCAGAGUCUUGUUGGCAAGCGAGAGCGGGUGGAUUUUGCGCAUACUGUAAAUAAAUACGAUCGUCGAUUUAAGCCCUGCAAACUUGAUCUACUUUUAACGGCUAAACAGCUUACUAUGAUCGGAAGAACAAAAUCCAAGGAGAAAGCGACUAAAGGGCAGCUGGUGGAAAUUAUCAAGCGGCAAAUUGACAUCGCGCAUAUCUUGUCUAUUGGUCUUUCACCUUACCAAGAUGAUUUCAUGGUUAUAAAUGUCCGGGAAAGCUACAGUUCUCUAGUGGAGACACCUUUCAAGACCGAAUUCCUUACUGCAUUGAGUAAACACUUCAAAGAACGAACGCGAGGUGGCACUCUACAACUUGAAUUUGCAACAACUCACACUAUCAUCUUGAAGAAAUCCAAAUUUGGAGGAGGUACUCGGCAAAUCACAUUCCAUGCUGGCGGUCUAAGCCAGGAGCCUGAGCUGAAGCCGGUUGGGAAAGUCCUCCAUGUUACGAUUGGACAUGGUCUUCCGAAUACUACAAGGCCAGCGCUAGAACGUCCAUCUACGGGUUAUCAACGAAGAGUGGAUAAACUUAGAACAUCAACUCGAAAAACACAUCGCAAUGCUCCUGCACCACUUCCACACGCGCAACCAAUGUACAGUAAUUAUAAUGGAAUGACAAAUGAGCUCCCUUCAUCGAUAACAGAUCGUCGACCGAGCGAUAUUAGUAUAGAUAAUAAAUCAAUAAGUUCGUCUUGGAAUCAAUCUACGACGUCAAGUGCAAAUUCAGAAGCUAAUCACGUAGUUCCUCCACAUGCAACAAAUCCUCCACAUGCAACAAAUCCAGCAGCUCGAUAUGGCGGUGUUCCUACAGCUUUAGUCCAAGGUCCGGGACAGUUGAGAGGAGCGCUUCGACCCGCACCUCGGCCAGGAAAGCCUAAAAUACCAGCGAAACCACGGUUAUACCCGAUUGUCAGAGCUUUAUAUGACUAUGAUGCGCAAGACACGGACGAGUUAUCAUUCCGAGUGGGAGAUGAGAUUGAACUCAUGCAAAAGCAUGAUUCCGGUUGGUGGCAAGGAAAACUCGGUGACAAAGUCGCCUUGUUCCCUGCGAAUUACGUCAAAGAAUGAAAACACUUACGUCCUCCGGACUAGGGCAUGAUGAGCUGUAGCCUCCUGCCCUACUCGAAUGGACCAAAAAUGAUCGAUACGUGUCUGUGAUUCUCUUCUGGAGCUCAACAUUAAUAUAAAGAUUUUAUAAGCGAUAUU